AACAGAUAUUGAAGAUAUCUUGUUCCCGCUAUAUAAUCCUCCAGGAGAAAUGAAAAAAUCUACGCUCCUAUACCAGAAUUCACAGACUGUAUCUUCUAAACAAGAUAUUGAGAAAUGGAUAGCGAGGCAGUGAGACGGAGAAUGAACAUGAUUGUUGCCCAUUUUGCACCCACCAUUGCUGAUGAUAUAUCCUCCCCCGCUCACCUCCUCCCUUUGAACUGCAGUGGCAGUUUGAAUUCUGUCAUCCGAAGGUGCGAUAAUAGAAUGAAUUUUGCACGUCAGGGGUCAGCUUCUCAAGCUUGCUUCAUGAGAAUUCAACAGCAGGGUAGCUCCGAAAAGGGUCUCCAAUCCUCUGCUUCUUCUGAAACAGAAUGGUCUUGUAAUGCUGAACUUAUAAAAGAUGAAGCACCAUUGUUUUCCAGACCUUCCAAGAUGAAGCCGAACUUGCCAAACGUUGAACCGACCCUAACUCCUGCUAAAUAUUCCCAAUCAACCAUGUCUGCCCUUCCCAAGUUUGCCAGGCCAAAUAGACGCACAAUAAACAGGAACGGGCAGCUUCAGUUUGAGAAGAAAAUAUAUUCUUCUGAAUCUAAUGGAAUUGAGUGGUCACCAAAGAUGGAUGUUGUAGAAUCUGGAGUUAAUUAUGUCUUGAAAAUAGAGAUUCCAGGUGUUAACGUCAGUGACAUUAGAGUGGAGAUUCAUGGCCAAAACUUGAAAGUAUCGGGCAAACGCUCCACUCAGUGCUGUAAAAUGGUAUCUGGGGGUUGCGCAAGUGACUCCAUCUUAAGAUAUCACAAGAGGGAGAUUGUAGAAGGGCCAUACGAGAUUGUGUGGCAACUUCCCCUCGAUGGGAACAAGGACUCUGUCUCAGCUGAGUUUCUUAACGGAUUAUUGCAAGUAACUGUUCCAAAAAUGUGAGAAUCAGCUGGGGAAUUCAUGAGCAAGAAGCACAUUGCAAUGUACCCUAUCAAAGUAUAAUUAAAUUGGUUAUAUAUUUACAAUAAGCUUAUAAAAAACAUUUAAUUACGAUAAAUUAAUAAUUAUUAAUACUGUGAUUGACUCGUAUAUAUUUUAUAUUUCUAGAAAUUCUGAGUAUUUUAUGCCGCAAA